AUGUCUUCAACAGGUACAUCAUCAUCAUCUUCAUCAACAUCAGUUGCAACAACAACAACUGUUGUAGAUUAUAUUAAUAUACCACUCAAACAGUCUGAAAAGUCUGUAAAGAUAUCAAUCAAUAAUCUACCAUCUGCACAUCAAGUCGUUAGCAUUCUAAAGAAAGAAAGAUCAUCACUAAGUCUAUGGUUAAAGAUCGCUGCCGAAUAUUAUAAACAGGGUAGAUUAGAUGAUUUCAAAUCGAUAUUGACAGAUUCAUUGGAUGUUGAUGAUGGUAGAGAUUCAAAGCAUGAUAGUAGAGAAUCAAAGCAUGAUAGGAUUGCGAUAUUGAAUGCCCUGUCUAGUUAUUAUACGCAGUUGGGUGCUGUCGAGAAGGUCAAGCAGAAGAGAGAGGACUUGUUCAGCAGGGCCGUCAGUCAUCUGACACGUGCCGACAAGAUCGAUCAUCUCGACCAUCUCAACUGGGUGGGCAAGGCCAUCCUUCUACUCUGCAAGGGUGAUACAGAUCACGCCUUUACCAACUUUAAGAAUGUACUUGACCCAUCCAUCUCGGGUAACCCUCCCAUCGUACCAGCUCUCCUUGGCAAUUCAUGUAUAUUAUUCAACAAGGGCAACUAUGAUAAGGCACUUGAGGACUAUCAGAGAGUGAUACAGUUGAACCCUAACUGCCCACCAACUGUAAGACUGGGUCUGGGCAACUGUUACUUCCGUCUGGGCAGGAUGGAGCGCGCAAAGCAGGCGUUUGAACGUGUGUUGGCGAUGGACCCAGACAAUGUCGAAGCCAUGAUCGGCCUGGCAUUGGUAUUGAUGAAUGGUGGCGACGUAGCACAGGGCAUGAGCCUCAUAGCCAAGGCCUACCAGCUGGCACCGACCAACUCGCUGGUGCUCAAUCACUUGGCCAACCAUUACUUCCACAAGGGCGAAUACCAAAAGGUGCACGCUCUGGCCGCCGCCGCGCUGACCAACACCGAUGCCAACCAGAUCAAGGCCGAGUCGUGCUAUCUGAUCGCCCGUGUGCACCACGCCAACGAGAAGUGGCCCGAGGCAUUGCAGUACUACCAUCAGGCCGUGCUCAACACACCAGACUUCUUCCUGGCCCAGUUUGGUUUGGGACAAACAUACAUCAAGAAUGGAAUGGUGGAGAAGGCCAUCUCCUGCUUCGAGUCAGUGCUGGAGAAGCAGCCCGACAGCUACGAGACACUGCAGAUUCUUGGCAGUCUGUACAGACACUCCUCACAGGCCAAGAACAUCGACAAGAUCAAGGCUGUCCUCACCAAAGCCACCCAGAUCAACCCAAACGACUACAUCAACUGGUUCGAGCUCGCUCAGUUGCUUGAGAGGACCGAUGCCCAUGCCGCCUUGGAUGCCUACAAUAAGGGUAUCGCGAUUUUGAAGAAGGAAGGCAUUGACAUAAGUGCAGAGAUUCAUAAUAAUGUUGGAGUACUGUCGCACAAGGUUGGCCAGUACGAGGAGGCCGAGCGCAUAUACAUGCAGGUGAUUGAGGACUCUGGCGCAACGAUCGAGGACUACAAAGCGAUCAACAUCACAACGACAUACAACUUGGCGCGACUCUACGAAUCGAUGAACAACUUCACGAGGGCACGCGAGUUGCACAUUGGCAUCCUGACUGAGCACCCAACUUAUCUGGACUGCUACCUGCGUAUGUCGGCUCUGUGUCGUGCAGAGGGCAAUGACUUUGAGGCGAGUGAGUGGAGCAAGCAGGCUUUGCUCAUCGAUCCCAACAACGCGGAGGCAUGGUCGAUGUUUGGCUGUCUGCAGCUGUCCAAGGAGCAGUGGAGCUUCGCCCAGAACAAGUUUGAGCAGAUCCUCGAGACCAACAAGCACGACCCAUACGCCAGCUUGGCGCUGGGCAACCUGUACUUCCAGGCCAAGAUUCACAAUCCCGACAAGUUUGAGAAGUACCUGUCUCUGGCCGAGACCUACUACACCAAGACUCUCAAGAACAACCCGACCAACAUCUACGCAGCCAAUGGAAUUGGAAUGGUUGCCUUUGAGCGAGGCAACAUCACACUAGCCACCGACAUCUUUGUCCAACUCCGCGAGUCUGCUGUUGACGUACCAUCAGUCUCACUCAACCUUGCACACAUCUACAUGCAGAAGCGACUCUUUGACUUUGCUAUCAGACUGUAUGAUGGAUGUUUAAAGAAGAGUAAUAAUGCCAAAGAGAUGGAGUUGAUGUACUUAUAUCUCGCCAAGGCUUACUUUGAGGCACAGAGAUAUCCAGAGUGCAAACAAACAUUGAAGAAGGCUCUGCACAUCUCACCUGCCAACAUGGCGUUGCAGUACAAUUUCGCGUUGGCCAUUGAGAAGUGCUCUCAAACGGUCAUCCAAUCGACCAGGAAGACGCUGUACGAAUACUCGACGGUCCAGAAGGAGCUGGAUCACGCCAGACAGGUGUUCGAGAGGCUUGCCACUCUCAAGAACCCCAAGACGAUGAUCGACACCAAGAAGUGCAUUGCCCAUCUCUCCUCUGUUAAGGAGUUGCUAAAGACAGUGGGCGAUGAGGUCCAGACUCUCGAGAAGAAUGAGAUCGCCACCGCCAAGAAGCGCGAGGAAGCGGCCGAGGAGUCGAGACGCCAGGCACGCGAGAAGGAACGAGUGGAGGCCGAGAGGAAGGCCACGGCCCUGGCGCGUCUGGAGGAGGAGGAGCGACAGGCUGCCGAGGGCAAGGCCAAGUUCGAGGAGUUGAUGAGAGAGCGUGAGAGAGAGAAGGAGGGCGAAGAGAACGAAGAGGAAUCUAGCCGAAGCAGCAGGAAGAAAAACAAGAAGCGUGAUCACUCUGACGAUGAAGACGAGCGAUCGUCCUCCAAGCGCGAGCGCAAGAAGGACAGGAAGAAGAAGAAGUCCAAGAAGGACAAGAAGGACAGGUCAGAGCGAUCGGAGCGAGAAGAGUCUGACGGCGAGAUGUACCAGCAAGAGGAUCAGUCCGAGAGCACCACUGGCGCAAUGGAUAUUGACACUGCCAACGAAGUGACAAACAAUCAAGAAUACGAGGAUCUGUUUGGAAGUGGAGAAGAGAACUGA